GACAUCAUGAUAUGGUGCUCCUCUGUCCUGCCGCUGUCUGUUUAAGCACCUUGGAGAACUCCGCUCCACAGCACAGCGCACUGCAGAGGUUGAAUCGGGUUUGUGCGUAAACUACGUCAAAUCCCGGGAGUACUGAAUGCUGCACUAGCUGGGCUGCCUCGUCUUCACCCUUUGUUGGCGAUAUUGGCUGACGGUUAACUGUUUCAGGUUUUGCCUGCGUCGCCUUAUGCUAAAUCCCCCUCUCUUCGCUGCCAGGAUACCAGAGGUGUUAUCGAGACUGCAGGGCAGAAGGGAAGCCUUCGCUUGAUCGGGUUUCACUGGAUUGGCAGAGGCAAAUGCCAUUCAAUACACUCUCCCAGCGUGCAUGGGUAUAAACAGCAUGGCCAUCGCGCAUUCCAGUUGGUCUAAAUAUAUCUAUUAAGGCCACAGGAGGGGGAGGACUGUUGUAGGGGCUUUAUCCUGGGACGUUUCACUGUCGCUGUUGUGUAUAAUAGGGACGCUGGAGGGGAGGUUUUAAACCGCAGCUCACAUAACAGUCGCACCACUUGAAUUAUCUUCUGGAGACUGACAAUUGGUUAUUACACCCACAGAGGAGAACUUGGUCCUAUCCAAAACAUGCCCUCGAGUAACAGUGUGAGAUCCAGGGCGAGGGAGAGAAACAGCGUCCUGAGCAGACCUGAGUUCAUAUCCCUGAACCAGCCCCUUCGCGGCGGCGGCGCUGGCUGCCCCUCUGAGAACCGAGGCAGCGCCAGGCGACCGGGUCAAAUCAAGCACCAAACAAGCCAGCCGAGUGAAGAACCUACCGACAGUGGCAGCAAGGAUAGGAGAGAGCCCAUCAAAAUGCCAGAGGAAGACUGUAUGCUGCUGAACCCUUCAUUUAAGGGAAUAGCGAAAAACUCCCUCCUCGCCAUUGACAUCUGUCUGUCCAAGCGCAUGGGGGUGUGCGCCUAUACGUCGUCCUCCUGGGGAGGCUGCCGCUCCAUGGUCGCCCUUUUAGCGCUCACAGGGCACGGCAUCACUUGGAUCAUUGGCACUAUCGUGUGUCUCACAAGGAGUAACACUCUGGCUGGGCAAGAGGUCCUGGUCAACCUGCUGCUUGCCCUCAUUCUUGACGUCAUGACUGUGGCUGGAGUACAGAGACUGGUGAAGCGCAGAGGACCCUGGGAGAUGAUGCCAGGCUUCAUGGACUGCGUCGCCAUGGACAUCUACUCCUUCCCUGCUGCUCAUGCCAGCCGGGCCGCUAUGGUAUCCAAGUUCCUGCUGUCCCACCUGGUCCUGGCUGUGCCGCUCCGCAUCCUGUUGGUGCUUUGGGCCCUCCUGGUGGGCAUGUCCCGGGUGCUGCUGGGGAAACACCACCUAACUGAUAUGGUGUGUGGCUUUGCGCUAGGCAUGCUCCACUUUAGCUUGAUGGAAUCAGUGUGGCUCUCAUCAAGCACUUGUCAGACUCUUAUUUCCAUAAGCACGCUCAGCUGGAGCCCCUUUUUCUGAGCUUUUGAUAUAAGGCUAUGCUAGCACACAAAGCAUAUUUGAUACACUAACCUCGCAAUGUCAAGGAAUUAGGUCUGAUGAAGUUAUUUUUGAAAUGGUCUGAAGUUCUAUGUGAAUAGAGAAGCAUUCAUAUUUGGAAUCAGAUGCUGGCUUGCAAUUAACAACCACGACAGGCAGGUCACAAGACAUUACAAGACCUUCAUAAUGCAUAAUGCUCAAUUGCAUACUAAUAAUAUAAGGAAAAUUAAGACAAUUGAAAACUGACAAUGAUUUGGUGAAAAUGUACAUGAUUUUUUUUGUUUUUAUAUUUUUAAUUCUCAUGCUGUAUUGAAAGCUGGUACCAUUUAUCCAAACUGAACCACUUUCUAUUCAACAAAAUCUCUCCUGAGUCUGUGUGCUCCUUUCUCUUUGCCAUCUUCUGCUACCUCUUCCUCUUUUCUCCUUUUGUUUUUUUUAUAUUUGUGCUUUUAUUUUGAAAUAUUGAUAUACUUAACGUUGGACACUGAAUAGUGUGGUGUGAGGCUGUAAUAUUGGAUGUAACACUAAAAUAUAUAAAGUGAUUGUUGUAUGGAUAUUCCACACUGUUCCUGAUUGGCAUGAUGUUUGUAUAUUUCUGAUGGAAUUCUGUUCUUACUGAAUGUUGAUCAAAUAUGAACUUAUUUUAAUGCCACUCAAUUUAGCUGCUUGUGUAAAAGAAAUGUCACACAGAAUUUAAUAUUUUUUUUACAGGGUCAAAUAUAAUUUCCUUUCAACAUGCCAUUUAAUUUCUCUUUUUAUAGCAGAUAUUUCUCAUUUCAGACUGCUGCAGUCUGCACAUCAGCCUAACAGAUGCUUAUGGUUUGUCAGUGAGGCUGAUUAUAUGCCCCACAAAACAACUGAAGCGUGUGUGUGUGUGUGUGUGUGUGUGUGUGUGUUUCUGACUUAGGCUAUACCCUCGGGUACACAUUUCAGACUAAAGACCAGUUAAUUGGGGUCGGCUUGUCCAAAUGGGGACGUGUGGGGUGUUUGUGAAUGUUGGUAUACAAAGUAAAAAAUAUCUGUUUGCAAUAUCAGUUUUGAACAAAGUAUAACUUUCUUUUGUGUUUUAAUAGACCUUUGAAUGAAACCUACUGCUUUUUUGUGGUUUGGUGUGUAAAUACAGUUGUGUGUAUAUUAGUUUGCUUUGUUCUGUACAGGGAUCUGUAUGUCAUGUUUUUACUUUGUUUUUUUUCCAUCUCUUUAAUAAAGCGUGGUGGGCUGUCAGUAGAA